CUUUGCUGCCACCGGGGCUGCGGCGUACAGUCCUGCCCCGCUCCCAGCUCCGCCGCUGCCGUCCGCCCCCCCGCGCCGGCCGGGCGGGUCGGUGCCCGCUGCCCCCGCAGCCCCCACGGCUGCAUGACCGCCGCGGUCUCCGCACGUCUGGAUUCGGUGGAGUCCUGGGCCUUCCAUGCGCUGCUGGUGCUGCCCUAUAUGUUUUACGUGGGCUUGUUCUUUGUCAAUGUGCUGAUCCUGUACUAUGCCUUCCUGAUGGAGUACAUCGUCCUCAAUGUGGGCAUCGUUUUCCUGCCCGAGGAUAUGGAUCAGGCUCUGGUGGAUCUGGGGAUGCUUUCCGACCCUGGCUCCGUGCUCUACGAGACGGACAGCGAGCUGGAUGUCUUUGACGGGUACUUGGAGUGACGCCCCAGGGCGCUCCAAAGCGACUGAGCUCAGCCGUCCCCUGGCCGGGGCAGGGGCCCGGCGUGCCCGCAUGGCCACAGCUCGGGGACCGCCGCGGCCCCGGUGUGCGACCCCGUCGUGGCUCCUUCUGCGCAACAUCGUCUCUUCCAAAUGGCACCCGCCCCGCCGGAGCAGGGGCCAGAGGGGUAGCCGGGACCCGCUUCCGCCGGGCAGGCCCGCGGAGAGGCAGCGGGCUCGCCAGGGAAGAGAUCAAGGAGUUCUGUACAGGUACCAGUUCCAGCCUUGAUCUUUCAUUUGGAAUCUGUCAAGGAUCUUUCAUUUUGGAAUCUGUCAAGAUUCAUUAAACACUUGAAAUGGAUUAUGACCAGGCCAACGGAUCAAGUCCUGGAAAGAAACUGUACUCUGAAAUGUAGAGAUGAAAAUAAGGACAAGAGAACCAGAAGAAGAGUUGUCAUCAGACCUUGUCAGUUGUGACUUCUCUUCACAGUCUUUGCCUCUUGUGUGUGCACUUACUGCAGUGAUUCAUGCACCAUACUGGGCUUCCAUAGGUAAUUCUGGGAUGGACUGUAUGAAAAAAUAAGAUAAACUAUGUUCUAUUGUAACAGAAAAUCAAGAGGUUACCCAGAUUUGAUAAACUUUUGAAUGAACACCAUGUCACCCAAAUGGACACACUCUACAUAUAGCUUAAGUCAGUUUUACAAUCACAUGUUGAAAAUUCUACCAGCCAGUAGUUCAAAAGCAGUGCUUUCUCAGGGGAAAAUAUGCAGGAGUGACUGAAGGAGGUUCUGUUCAGGGAGUAUAAUGGCAAGAACUGUGCUAGUAAGAUAUUUUAUUUAAAAAAAGAGUUUUGAAAUAGAUCAGAGAGUGAAUUUUAUAUAAGUCAGGUGGAUUCAUUAUUUAACACAGGAUACUUUGCAGAUUGUUUAAGCUCAAGUUCCUAUGUACAGAUGUGAAAGCAAUACAAUAAAGACUGACCUUUUCCAUGAAAAAUUAA